AUGGCGGCUGCAGCGCUUGCCACGUCAGCAGUCAGCAGCAUCAGCGGCUACCGGCCCACCGGUUUACCUGCCGCCGCGUCCCUCCGCUCGUCCUCCGCCUUCGCGCUCACCCCCAUCCGAGCUCUCCCGCCUCUUCCUUCCGCCGCCGCCGCCCGCCGCGCCUCCCCCUCCGCCCCCUCGCGCGGGGUCGCGGUGGCUCCGCGCGCCGUCAUCGCGGGGCUGCAGGUGUCGGCGGCGUCCGCGGCGCAAUGGGCGGCGCGAAUGGCGGCGUUUUACCUGCUGGUGAAGCUGGGAGUGGCUGGAGCGGAGAAAGCUGGCGGGGCUGAGAGCACGGGCGGGAUCAACCUCGUUGACCGGGUCAACAAGGCGCUGUUUGGGAACGCUGCCGAGAAAGCGGCCAAGGAGGCAAAGAAGGCGGCAGGCAGCAGAUGGCAUGAGAGCACCAAGGGCACUCUCGUGAGGCGGUGCCGUGUGCCCAACGUGAGCGAGGGGAGGCGCACCCUUCGGUCGUUGAUGGCUCUUCUGUCUGAAGACGAUCUCUUUACUGACGUCACCUCGCACAAGGGCUGCCAGAUUCGCAGGGAAACAGCGCACAGCGAGACAGUGUGCUGCAACAACGUGAGGGCCAUGUUUGACGAGCUGCCCGCGCCACACAUCGUGGUCGAGGUCACUGUCUUCCCCCCGGGCCCUCUCACUGCCAUGGAGUACCAGAAGGCCGAGAAGCUCGAGGCCCCAGCCACCACAGGAGUGAGGGCAACAGUGGGGGACGCGCACAGGAGAGAGCGGGCCUACUCCCCUCACUGUUUCCCUCUCUCCUCCCUCACUCCCCCUCACUCCCCCUCACUCCCCCUUACUCCCCCUUGA